GGAUGACUUCAGCUCUAGACUACAAUGUAGACUAGACGUCUGAAAUGUUUCUGAAAUUAAGUGGUCAAAUAAUAUAUAGAUGGAAUUCUAGUGGAAAAAUUUGUAAGUUUUCACAGAGAACUCUUCCUAAAAUUGGUUAUUCUGACUACUUGAAACGUCUUCUGCUUUAUAGUGAUUGUUCAAUUCAAUGUUAUGCAAUAGUGUUAAUAUAUCUUGAUAGAUUUACUACUAAAAAUGAACAUUUAUGGUUGGAUUAAGCUAGUUUAUAUACACUCACAUUGGUUUUGUUAGUUAUUUGUAUUAAAUUUUGGGAUGAUCAUAAAUACUAGAAUAAAUAUUUCGCCAAGUUGGGUGGAAUUUCUUUAAGAUUGUUGAAUGAAAUGGAAUUGGAAGUAUUGGAGCUAUUGAAUUAUGAUCUAUUUGUUUCAGAAGAUCUCAUUUUUAGAUACAUGAAGUAUUUCAGUUGAUGAUGAUUUACGAAUAUUAAAAAAUGAUUAUAUAACUUAUAAUAAACAAAUUAUUAGC